UUUUUUUUAGCAGGGAAGCUGCUAGGCUAUGUUAUUCCUCAGGAUCCUGUCGUAGGUUAAAGUGAGAGGCCCCUGUGUUAGUCUGUCGCACAAAAUUCAAUUUAAGUACAUUAUAGGUUUGUGGUCUUGACAUACUCAAAUGACUUGAGUCUUUAAAAUUGUAAGCAAUGCCUCACUGUAUAUAAUGAGGCCUUCUUAUUUCACCGGGCCUAGGCAUAAAACUUAGCAUCCAUAACGGCCAUUGAGUCUGUAACAAAAACAUAUUUUAUUUUAAAUGUACAGCUAGUUGGACAAAUGAUUCGGGUUGUAAAUGACUACUGGAAACCCUGUAAUUUUGAAGCCAAAAAGUCAUUAAAAAAAACUUUUUUUUUUUUUUUUUUUUUUGAAAUUCUGAAAAUUUCUGAUUCAUUCCAAAAAUGUAAGCCUCCAGGGGCAUAAAUCAGAGUGUAGCACAUGUUGGUUCAGUAGUGCUAUGCUCUGUUUUUUUGUCGCCCUCUUCAAACUUUCGAAGCCAGUGAAGCGGAUUGCUGUGGCUGCUCUUCACUCAGUGAAACCUGGGGUGUGAUCGCCCAUCGUCGCCCUCCCCCGUCUCACACACCCUCCAUCUGCUCGCUGCCUCCUUUCUGUCUGCAGUAAUCACAAAACAAGCCGUUGUCUCCAAACACAUCGUCUCUAUGUCUUUUGAUAGGUAGUUGAUAACAGACUCGCUGGCUGAUUUGAGCUGGCCCACCUUGCUGUAUAUAAGAGGAGAAGCUCAUGAGAGGGGCAAGCAAGCGACUCCUCUCGUCCUCCUGUGUGCUCCCGGGACUUUGUCAGCUUUUCCUUAUGGCUGCUCUCUUGGCUGUAGCUCUGUUUGCGUCUCCUUUACUGGCAUUCGACCUGGGCCAGUCCACUCGGUGCGUUACCAUCCCCAACCAGAUGAAAGUCUGCAAAGACGUCGGAUAUUCUGAGAUGAGGCUGCCAAACUUUUUAGGCCACAGCAGCCUUGAAGGAGAGGUGGUGCCACGCUCUGAGGACUGGAGGCCCCUGCUGCAGACCGGCUGCCAUCCUCAAGCCCAAGCCUUCCUCUGCUCCAUCAUUGCACCCGUCUGUCUCGACACCUUCAUCCAGCCUUGUCGUAGUCUGUGUGUGGCAGUGAGGGACAGCUGUGCCCCAGUGCUCGCCUGCCAGGGACAUCCGUGGCCCGAGGCUCUCAACUGUGACCGCUUUCCUGCUGAGGAAGACAUGUGUCUAACCCCCCUUGCAAAAUUCAGCCACUUUAUGAAAGACUUGCCAAAAGCUGUUUGCCAGAAGUGUCCUUCUGUGGAAGUGGCUCCUGCAAUGAAAACAGUAAUCGGUGCUUUUUGUCAUCAUGACUUUGCCGUCACCGCUAAACUCCACCGCCUUCGCCACCCCGCAGGGGAGCCGGAGUUCCAGGUCGAGGGCCAUGUGGAGUUUAUCCGCCAGGGCCCUCUGUUGCCUUACGACACUCAGCAUCUCCUUCGGGAUUGGCUCCUUAUCAACCUGAGCUGCGCCGGCGCCCUGGUUCGUCCGGGCCGCUCGCAGCUCUACGUGCUGACCGGUUCUGUGCAGCCUGACGGCAGCUUCGCUCUCGUUCGUUUCUUCCCCUGGCACAAAAAAGACACAGGCAUCGCACUGGCAACCCGCAAAUGGAAACAUCACAGAUGUUGAAAUACGUUCAUACAAACUGUAUUACUCUCGUCACUAAUUUACUUCUCAGCUUUUUCUGUCUGUAUGCUGUAAUAUUAUGCACUAGGACCUGUAAAUAGUACUAAGUGUAAAUUCAUAUAUUUUAUUUUCUUGGAGGAUACUGAUGUAUUUAUCACAUUUUUUAUGUUUUGUACAAACACGGCAAAAUAUUUUAUACCUUGAAUGAUGUGUAAUAUUUUAAAUGGUUUGUGUCCUUCAGCAAAUGCUGUUCUGGUCAU